UUCUCCUCCUGCCCAGCUGCGUGAAGCCCGUAUCGUCAAAGCUCAGAACCCGAACUCUCACGAAGCCACGCUCACAAUGGCCAUUAGCAGCACAGCGAACGGCCUCGCGAAUGGCCAUACCAAUGGACAUACCAACGGCAGCGAAAUCGCAAAGUCCAAGGCGAAUAUCGGAGUCUAUACCAACCCCGAGCACGAUUUGUGGAUUGCCGAAGCUGAACCCAGCACCGAAGAUGUCCUGGCAGGCUCUGGCCUCCAGCCUGGUGAGAUCACAGUCGCUGUGAAGAGCACCGGGAUUUGCGGCUCCGAUGUACACUUCUGGCACGCCGGCUGCAUUGGUCCCAUGAUCGUCGAGGGCGAGCACAUUCUCGGCCACGAAUCCGCAGGCACUGUCGUUGCUGUUCAUCCUUCCGUCACGACGCACCAAAUCGGCGACCGCGUGGCUAUCGAGCCGAACAUUAUUUGCAACGAAUGCGAGCCCUGCUUGACCGGCAAGUACAAUGGCUGCGAAUCCGUGCAAUUCCGCUCGACGCCGCCGAUCCCUGGUUUACUUCGCCGAUACGUCAACCACCCAGCACUAUGGUGCCACAAGAUUGGAGACAUGAGCUUUGAGAACGGCGCAUUGCUUGAGCCUCUCAGUGUGGCAUUGGCGGGUAUGCAACGGGCGAAAAUCACAAUCGGAGACAGCGUGAUGGUCUGUGGAGCGGGUCCGAUCGGCUUGGUGACUUUGGCGUGCGUGAAGGCGGCUGGAGCAGAGCCGAUUGUCAUCACAGACAUCGACGAGGGCAGACUUGCAUUUGCGAAGAAGUUCUGCCCAAGUGUCAGGACACACAAGGUGGAGUUCAAGGAUACUGUGGAGCAGUUUGCUGAGAAAGUGGUCAAGCUGGCGGAUGGCGUUGAGCCUGCUGUGGUGAUGGAGUGCACUGGUGUAGAGAGCUCAAUUGCUGGAGCGAUCCAGGCAGCCAAGUUCGGCGGCAAAGUCUUCGUGAUUGGCGUUGGUCGUCCAGAGAUCAAGAUCCCCUUCAUGCGGCUGAGCACAAGAGAGGUCGAUCUCCAAUUUCAAUACCGCUACGCAAACACAUGGCCACGAGCCAUCCGGUUGCUGCAAGGUGGAGUCAUUGAUUUGAGGUCGCUGGUCACGCAUCGAUUCAAGCUGGAGGAUGCCGUGGACGCGUUCAAGGUCGCGGCUGACGCGAAGCAGGGCGGCAUCAAGGUCAUGAUUCAGAGCAUGGAUGAGGGUGAGCAGUAGAUGAGCAGUAUUGGCGAAUGUGGCGUUUUAGACGGCUUCCUGUUUGAUAGA